AUGGGACGCGCCAUUGUGCAACAUAUUGAAGACUACGGCACAUCAAUCACGGCAGCAAAAUUAAUACUCCCCAGAGUCAACGGUUACGUCGUCCGCAACGACCUUUUCCGGAGACGAUUCCUGACCUGCUCGCUUGCCGAGAAAGUAGUGGGCUGCAUUUCCUUGCAACAGCUCAUACCCGCAUUCGAUGUCAACGCUAAUGAGAUACUCCGGCGAGGUAUAAAAUGCGCAGUCGGUGCAGUUAUGCUCAACCCAAUUCCUGGGUUUAGUACAAACCUAGUGAAAUCCGCUUUAGCCAUACUGGAAGACGAGUUUGAUGCGAGACUGUCCUUUCCUUGGAUCUUGGAGACACCAUUGCCUAGGAAGCGCAUUGCUAUGAUAGAUGGCCGCCCCGAUCCAUCUGUGUCCACUGCCUCACAGGGCAUCUACCGUGCGGUGCAAGCACUAGGGAUAGACUUGAUUGUUCUUGACCAUGCUGGACACUGGGUCCAAGACUCCGCCAUGGAGGCUAUGCGCGACGAGUUUAUCCCAUGUGACCUGACGAUGAACGAAGGGCUCGUGGAUCGCAUUGUGGCAGCCCUGUCAGCCAGCAAGGGUCGCAUUGAUGGCGUCACUACUUAUACCGAUACCCCCAUCUUAGCAACAGCCCAGGCAGCCAAGAAGAUGGGACUGCCGGCUAAUCCACCUGAAGCUCUUGAGAUGUGCCGGGACAAGUACAAGACACGGUCAGUCGCAUCUUCUGGCGUGCAAGUGCUUUCUGUCGUCAAUGUUUCCGAUCUGGAUGAGCAGUUGAGUCGGCUUUCAUCACCGUUGGAGUUCCCGCUCAUCGUCAAACCGACGACCGGUUGCGCCUCAGACGGUGUUAGCAAGGUGACUUGCGAAGCAGAGCUCCAUAGCGCUGCGCAACGCAACGAGGAUAAAUUCCCUGGGACGAAUGCCCUGGUGGAACCCUACGUGUCGGGGCCAGAAGUUGAUGCCAACUUUGUAAUCUUGGAUGGAAAGCUGAUAUGGAGCGAGGUAAACGACGAUUUCCCAUCUUCGGUGGAGAUAUCCUCGUCAAUGUCACCCUCAAUGUCGUUCGCAGAAUCUUCCCCCAUAAUGCCCUCGAUGCUACCUGAGUCGGAGAUAUCUCUAAUAAAAUCGACUUUGACCGAGACUCUGCUCAAAAUGGGGUUCCGAAAUGGGGUCUACCACCUCGAAGCUCGAGUAAAGGACAGCAAGAGAAGCUACGUGGAUACCGGACGAGGCAUGGAGCUAGCAGAUUAUGCUGUUCAUUUGCGCACUGCCGAUCCGAGCGUCUUCUUAAUCGAAAUCAAUCCAAGACUCCCUGGCCAUCAGGAAUCGUUCGCAGUGGAAUAUACCUACGGCAUUGACUAUUUCGCGCUACAGAUGCUGUUGGCGACUGCACCACCGGUAUCAGAAAUGAAUACAGACAAAGGGAAAGUGUUCAAAAGCGCCAUCCUCGCUCUGAGCCACCCACUUCCAGAAACCGCUCAGUAUCCCUCUCAUAUCGUUUUCAUUCCUGCCGAUUGCGGCGGGAUAUUCCGAGGCGCCAAGCUGCUUCCUGGUGGAAUAAUGGAUUAUGUCCCUGAACAUGCGGUAUUCUUGGAGAAUGGGGAAGUGAUGCCAGAUCCUGAGGCAGAGGGGAGAUGGCCCUUCGUGGCUUAUUUCCUGGUUGUGGGAAAGAUUGCUGGCAGGGGGGCGCAAGCGAGGGAGCACGUUCGAGCUAUGGGAGAUAUAUUGAGAGAGACAUUCAAAUAUGAGAUGGCAUAG